AUGAAUUCUGUUUUACGUGCAGACAGUCGUAAAGCAAUAAAUCUUAAAGUGGAUGAAUACAAAAAGGCGAAUACUCGAAUUCGACUAGCACCGAUUAGAGAAAACCCAUCGACUGAAGAGGAGGAUAGCCCUAUUAGAAAUAAAGAUAAUAAGACAAUGGAAAAUAAUCCAAAACGAUAUAAAUUGUGGUUAGACAGUGAUGAAGCGGAUAUUCCCCGUACAACUCUUUAUGAUCGUAAUCAGAGAGAUUUAGAAAUAGUACUAAUUAAUGAUGGUGAACCGAUUGUUUUGGAUAAUGAUGAUGGUAAUGAUGAUGAUGGUAAUGAUGAUGAUGGUAAUGAUGAUGAUGGUAAUGAUGAUGAUAAUGAUAAUGAUGUUGAUCAUCAUUCCACUCAAAAUGAGGUGAUAUAA